GAGCUCCCAGCCCAGUGAGAGCAGCCAAGGGAGGAGGCGGGGCUCUUGUGAAUUCCCCUUCCACAUUCCCCCACCCUUCUCUUCCAACCUCUGUUCGCCUGUUAGCUCAAUUACAGCCUUUGCUGCCCCAGCUCUCCAGCCAUUUGCAGGACCCAAACUACCGCAGCCGCUGUUCCCAGGAUGGUGAUCCGUGUGUAUAUUGCAUCUUCCUCUGGCUCUACCGCGAUUAAGAAGAAACAGCAAGAUGUGCUUGGUUUUUUAGAAGCUAACAAAAUAGGAUUUGAAGAAAAAGACAUUGCUGCCAACGAAGAAAAUCGGAAGUGGAUGAGAGAAAAUGUACCUGAGAACAGUCGACCAGCCACAGGAUACCCCCUGCCUCCUCAGAUUUUCAAUGAAAGCCAGUACCGUGGGGACUAUGAUGCCUUCUUUGAAGCCAGAGAAAAUAAUGCAGUGUAUGCCUUUUUAGGCUUGACAGCCCCACCUGGUUCAAAGGAAGCUGAAGCUCAGGCAAAGCAGCAAGCAUGAACCUUAAACAUUCUGCCUUAAGCAUCCCGGAAAAGGAGUCUCCAUUGUUUUUUUUUUUUUAUAUAAAAUAGCAGAAUUAUCUUGGCUUCAAAAGAAAUAGGCUAGUGUUGAAAUAAUAGAUUAGUUGGUGUUUUUGCAUGCAAACAAUCAAAAUGAAUACAUAAUUAAAUGUGAAUGCUAUGAUGAGGAGAAUGCCAGAUGAACGUAAAAUUUUAAGUAGCUGUCAUGGAAUAGUUUUGUUAUCUGCCAAGGCAUUUUAUAUACUGCAAUGAUUUUAAAAAGCAAACACUUGUGUACUUUGUUAGUAUUAAUAUUGCAGCUUAAGUGUAUCUGUAGCUC